AAUAACGUCCCGGUGGUAGAUCCGCAUUUCUUAAGCCGCAAGGCAGCGCUCAGGUUGGUUCCUUUAAUUCCAUGAAACUCUCAGAACUUUUCUGUCUACUCGCUGCACUCAUUUGCAGUUCCUCCGCCUCGUCCGUUGCCGAGGUGGAGCUAGACGUCGAGGCUCAGUGUGUCGCUAACGGAGACGCUACCUGUGUGCCCCCUCAGGACUCCACCCCCGCUCCUUCGACCAGCUUCGCCUCCAUCUCCGGCAACAUGCUCAACACGCGUCGCAUCGCCUCUAAGUUCAUCGCUCAUGAACAAGGAGAGGGCGUCGGUGCCACGGUGCGACGUUCGCUCGGCUCUCAGCAGCUCCGCAAUCUCGAUCCGUUCCUCAUGCUGGACGAAUUCAACGUUGGACUACCAGGAGGCUUCCCCGAUCACCCGCACAGAGGCUUUGAGACUGUCACGUACAUGCUACCAACCUCUAAAGGCCACAUGCGUCACGAGGACUUUCUGGGCAACAAGGGCGAACUGCGACCGGGAGAUCUGCAGUGGAUGACGCCGGGCAAAGGGAUUUUACAUGCUGAGAUGCCUGCGAACGAGGAGAAAGCGCAUGGAUUGCAAUUGUGGAUUAACUUGCCAAAAGCCAAGAAGAUCAUGGAGCCAAGAUACCAAGAGAUUAGUCGAGAUACUGUGCCCCAUGUAUGGGAUGACGCUAAAAAGGUCGAGGCGAUUGUGUUCGCUGGAGAAGUAUUUGGUCAAAAAGGACCAAUUGAGACCGAAGCGCCCGUUACGUACAUCCACUUUCUGAUGAAACAAGGCGCUGAACUGGACUAUAAGAUUCCACAGGGACACAACGCGUUCGUGUACACGCUAUCAGGUUCGGGUACGUGUGCUAGUGAAGCCAUUACUGCACACACCGCCAUCGUGUUGGAGAAGGACGGCGAUGGCGUGCAUGUGACGACGAACGAUGAAGACGGGCUUGAGUUUAUUGUGAUCAGUGGCCAGCCUUUGAACGAACCAGUGGUGCAGUACGGGCCCUUUGUCAUGACCUCGGAGGAUGAAAUCCGCCAGACUAUCCGUGACUAUCAGAGUGGAGCGAAUGGAUUCGAGAACGCGCCCCAGUGGACGUCGGAGAUUGGAAACCGAAGCUAGACGACACGCGAUGGAACUGCUAAAGAAAUUGUAUGUUUGGCAUUUUUAAAGCAGUAGCAAGUAUUAAUACAGGUGCU